AUCUGUCAAUGAUCACAGAGGUCACAUGGUACAAGGCUAUUCACAACAGCCUUGUAUACCAUGUGACAAGCUGUGACCAAUCACAGCUCUCACAGUAUUUCUCAAUGGUCAGCAAGACAUUUGAAAACUCGGAGAUGUGAAUGUGUCCCAUAGGAAAUUAUGUUAAAUGGACUGUAGUGUGUUUCUGCAAAAUGCAAAAGGCACCGCAAAAGGUUUAGGUGUGAACCUAGAUUUAGGCUGGCCAUACACUAUACAAUUUUCUGUCCAAUUUCUGCCCAAUUUCCUUUAGAUUUACCUUCAACUAUGUAGUGCAAGUUCCUGCCUAA